UCGCUCGCGCCUCGACUUCUGUCAAACUUACAGCAAGAAUAGUAUCACUAACACGGGAGCAGAAAACGAGACGUUCUGCGAGUUUCUCUCACACACGAUGAAUAUAUUUUUAUCGAUUAAAUGAGUGUUAAUACUCAGGUGAUACGUUCAUGUCAAAAUUGACAUUUUUCUCCUGACAUUAUCGCGAAUAACAUUUCAGUGAAUAAACUUAAUAGAAGUGUCAAAAAAAUAGUGAAAUUUCUCAUUCCCUAAAAAAAAACUGUGUGCCGGCAUUUAUAAAUGCAUCAUUUCAAAACAUGAUUCUACGACAAAAAUCCUCGCACAAUUGUAAUUGUCCCUGUCAUCAUCACUGCAAAACUGGCUGUCCAGAAGAUGUUGAGAGCAUGACCGGUGAGAUAGAAAAUGGGGAUCUAGCUGUUAGAGACGUUGCAGAUAUCCUCCAACCGCAAUAUGCUAUCAUUACUGGUGGCAAAACGAGGGAGGGAUGUCCAUUAGUCACGUUUCCCGAUCAUGGCAAUUUUCACAAUCUCACAGACUUGGACUAUCAACGUCUCAUGCUGUAUCUCACAUCAGUACCAACUCUACAAGAGGCGGACUUAGGAUUUCAUCUAAUAAUUGAUCGUAGAAAUGACAAAUGGAAUUCCGUAAAAACGGUCCUUUUGAAAAUUUCCGCUUUCUUUCCUGGAUUAGUGCAUGUCGCUUAUGUUUUGCGACCGGCGGGUUUCCUCCAGAAAGCAAUUUCAGAAGUGUCGAAUAAAUUAUUCCGAGAGGAUUUUAAAUUUCGAGUUAUUGUUCUCGCGAAUAUUGUUGAACUUUACGACUUUGUUGAUAAGGAUCAAUUAACUGAGGAACUUGGAGGCGACCUGCCCUAUUGUCAUCACACAUGGAUUCAAAAUCGAAUUAAUUUAGAGAAAUUUUCCUCAAUGACCCAAGAUGUCUCACUUGCACUUGAUUCUUUCACUCGGCGUUUGGCGGAAGUUGAAUUUCCCAACAAUACAAUUGCAACCACGACUCUAUUAAAUCAACAGCAAAUAGAAUAUAAUGAAUUAAAGGAAGAAAUUGUAGCGGCCGCUCGACAUGGUGAAGCUUUACUGGACAGUAUUCGUCAACUAACUGGAAAAGGGACUGUUGAUCGAUUAGGAAACGUAGCUGCGAUUGAGAGGCUAUUGGUCCAGUUGGAGGAAACCGAGAGGACUUUCGACUUAUUUUGGUCUCAUCACAGUUCGCGAUUAAGGCAUUGCUUGGCUCUUCGGCAAUUCGAGCAGGAUUUCAGGGAACUGCAGGCAAAUUUGGAUCAGCAUUUAAAAACCAUUGAAGAUAUGACGGAGGUCGGGGAAACUCAGGCAAGAGUUGAUCAACUGCUGCGGGAUACUUCUACUUUUCAAAGAAUAUGCAGGGGAGACAUAGAUCGAGCAGAAGAAGUCAUCACCGCUGGUCAGCAAUUACUUUCAGGAAGACAUCAGUGUCCUGCAGAAGUUGUCGAACCAAAAUGCGCGGAACUUCAAAGGGUGUGCACUAUUUUGAGUCAAAGAUUAGAAAGGCGACUCGUUACUUUGACAAAAUGUCGAGAGCUUAUGGAAAGGAUCGAUAAGGCGAAUACUUGGUGUACGAAAGGAAUAGAAUUGCUAGCAGCCCAAAAUAGUUUGACACCAGCGGAUCAAGCUCUUCAGGAACUUCAACAAUUAAUAGAAGCAGCGGAAGAAUUUCACCAUCCGCGAUGCAUUUUUCAGGAUUCUAUUAUGCCAGAAACUAAAGCUCUUGUCACUCAGGUUUUGCAACGAAUAGAAGAUGUGUCAAUGAUGUGCGACAAGAGGAUAAUGGCAUUGAAACAGCAGCUAAUGAAACCAGCGAGACCAGUGCAAACAGUGACACCAGAACCAGCAAAACCCCUGCAACCAGCACCACAAAUCAUCAAACCUGGUAGAAUUCUCAAAAAAGCAAACACAAUGCCAAAAAUGGAAAUGUGUCCAAUCGAGGGCGAAUCAUCAUCACCAGAAAGUGAACCCCGUGAUAUCGAAGUCUUGAAACAAAAACGAGGACACGUUCUGGCAGAACUUUUAGAAACCGAAAGAAUUUACGUAGCCGAACUUGGCUCUAUUAUUAAAGGCUACAAAAUGGAAUUGACGAACGAAGCAAUGACACAUUUAGUGCCAGCCGCAUUAAUAGGCAAGGUCGACGUCCUCUUUGGAAAUUUAGAAGAAAUUUGCAUUUUUCACGGCGAAACAUUUCUACGGGAUUUAGAGAAUUGCAUUUCAAAUACGGAACUUGUGGCAUUAUGCUUUGUACAAAGGCGAGAGGUUUUCUUCCGGCUCUAUAGUUACUAUUGUCAAAAUAUUCCACGAUCAGAGAGGUUACGUGAACAAAUACAAAAUGAACCACAAUUUCUCGUGACAUGUCAACAGAAAUUAGGUCAUAAACUUCCAUUGGCUGCUUAUCUACUAAAGCCAGUGCAACGAAUAACAAAGUAUCAACUUUUGUUAAAGGAUCUCUUAAAAUAUAGCGAUGAACAAUCAUGUUGCACUGAAUUGCAAGAGGCUUUGGAUUGUAUGCUCAUUGUAUUGAAGUGCGUUAAUGACAGUAUGCAUCAAACUGCAAUCACUGGAUUCGGGGGAGAUUUAAGUGUGCAAGGGGAAUUAUUAUUACAGGGCUCGUUUAGUGUUUGGUCUAGUAGUAAAAGAGAACGAUUACUCAGAUUAAAACCAUCGCAACGGCACAUCUUUUUAUACGAAAAAGCAAUUAUAUUUUGUAAACACAGCAAACCUCAGGCACACGACAAAGCGACCUAUCACUUUAAAAGAUAUUUAAAGAUGUCCCAGAUUGGCUUGACAGAAUCGGUGAAGGGGGACGCAAGAAGAUUUGAAAUUUGGUUACAAGGACGUGCUGAGGUUCACACUAUUCAAGCACCGAGUGUUGACGCAAAACAAUCUUGGGUACGACAAAUUAAGGGAGUUUUAAUGUCCCAAUUAGCGGAACUCAAGGGGAAGCAGUGUUCAGCUCUUGGGAAAACGAACCACAAACCACUUCGACAAACAAUUUCGUGGGAUGCUCAAAGCAAUCUUUCCGGUUCUCUACGAACAUUAUCUGUGGAUGGGAACAGUGUUAUUUCUCACAUUUCGGAUGUUUCCCAGUCGACCGAAGAGGACGUGGGUUGGAGUUCGGAAAAUAGUAAUACCGACGACGAAGAUACAUUCAGUGAAAAUCCCGGACCCGCACCUGGCGGAAGAUACGUGGCUCUGGCUGAUUACUGUGCAGUUGGUCAAUCGGAAGUAACGAUGCGCGAAGGUGAUCACUUGGAAUUGUUAAAGGUUGGCUGUGCAGGCUGGUGGUUCGUUAAAUUAAUCGGAUCCGGAAUCGAAGGUUGGGCACCCGCGGCAUAUUUGGAGCCAAUCAGCCGGAAAACGUCUCGUAGUUCGCAAUCUGUAAAUAGUCAAGAUCCCAUAUGAAACAGGCGACUGACACACUAGGUUUAUCCUGGUGUGUUGGAUAAACGCAUUAACUACGAUUAAAUUCAGACAAAAAUUUGUAAAUUUCAAAAAUUCAUAUUUCAUUAAUUUCAUUAAAAUGAAAUAUAACAGAAACAAUACUGGAUGAAUGUACAAUUUGAUACGAAUUUCAGUAACAUCAGAAAUGUGAUAAAGUUUCUUCUGAAAAGAUGAUCGUUUGAAAAAUGUGAGCCAGAAGUUCUGAACGUUUAAAUGAAGGGAAUAUUUUUCAGAAAUUAUUGAUGCGUUUUGAUUCCGAAUUCAGGGUUGUCAUAGGUCAGGGAAAUCAGGGAAAAGUCAGGGAUUUUUAGUAAAAGUACUGGAAAAAAAUUAAAUUAAAAUUUUGUUUCUUCAUCCGAAGUAAAACAUAAUAUCGCGUUGAAUUAGAACAAAAAUUCAAAUUAAUUUGUUUCGAUCCAGAAAACGAAACUAAUGUGGAAAUAAAUAAAUUUCGUUCAUUUGAACGUUGAGAACUUUAGGGACGAAAGUUAGUAUAAAAAGAAUGAACAGAAGUAAAUUUUUAUAAAGAUGCAGUGUGUUCUCGUACAGAUAUAAAGGACAAUUUUAAAAAAACCUGAUUAAAAUUUCCAACGGCGUUUACAAAUGAAAUAGGAAAAUAUACAAAAAAUUCAAAAGGUUUGAAAAAUAAACCAAUCGGCAUGAAAAGAAAUCAGGGUUGAAUUUUCAAAUUAGAAAGAAAAGAUGUCAUACAACUGCCAUAUUGAUGUACAAUGGAAAUUUGCAAAUGUCGAUUUUUUUCUAGAUAUUUAUAUUGGAAAAUUAAAGAUCAGUUUUGAUGGCCCAACCGACUUUAUCGGAUUUACAGAAUCGUUUAUUCAAUGUAAAAAAAAACGAUUUCGAUAAUUGUUAACAAUAACCGUAAAUUACCAAGGGAAUUUUUCAAAGCAUAAAAUGCUCGCAUUUUAGUCACAAAGUGAAACAAGCAGGCCCAAUUCGGGUAAUUUUGUGUUUCAAGUAAAAAAAGAACACUUUUACCUGAAUUAUAAAUAUAAUACCAAAUAUUUGGCACUUAUUUGUAUAUAAUAAUAGUUAAACUUAAAACUAUAAGAAGCGCCCAGUGCACGGCUGGUUUUAUUACAAUUGUUAAGGGGGAAAACAACAAUUUUUCUGAGUACCAAAUCUACUAGUUAUCGCAAAAAACAGUGCCGGUAUCCAUAGGUCUCGAAAGACCAUAAGAUACUAGAAUUUGUUAAAUAUAAGAAAUCUCAUAUAACUGAACACUAUUGUUUAAAACUGAGAUGUGCAAUAUUGUAGAGAAUAUGGAGUAUCAAAAAAAAAAAUAUUGUACUUAGGACCAACUUGAAUUAAGCAAAAAAUGCAAAGGUAUGUGAUAUAUUUAAUAUGGUGAGAAAAAUAUUUAAGAAGGAUAAUUGCGAGUUUGAUUACUUUUGCAAAUUUUGUUGAAUUCAAGUAAUAAAUAAUAUUCCAUUUUAUACUUGAUCGUAAUGACAGUAGAAAGAUAGAAUUGCAAAAAAUAUUUGUUUUUAGGUUCAAAGAAAUUAUGUAAUUAUCAACUGAUAUUUUUUCAAUAAUUAUAAAAUUCUUUAGUAAAAAAAUUUAUUUCUUUAGAAAAAUUUUUUAAAAAGUUAUUAAAUUAUUAUUUGGAAAUUUAGAUUUUCAAGAAUUUAAGGGGGGAGGGUAAACCGAUUUUAUUAACUAUACAAAGAAAAUAUUUCAAAUAUUUUUAUUUCCUUAUGGUUAGAAAAUAUUUUCACACCUUUUGAAUUUUUAUUUUUCCCAAAAAGUAAAAAUUCAUCAAUUUUAAAAUCCAUGCGUAAUUU